AUGAGAGUAUAUGCCGUUUUCAGGUCUGGUUGUUUCUUGAUUCUGCUGUGCCUUUUCAUGGUGGAAGGCAAAAAGACAUUCUCCGGCAAGAACACGUGUCGAAAAGGACUGCUAUCUGCAGUGACAGAGAACUUGUUUAUCAAAGCAACUAGUAUAAAAUCAUCUGUUCCAAAGGAUUUAAUCAAGAACAGAAGGUUGCUAAAAAAGACAACAAAAAAGAUGUUUAUGAAAAAUUGCAAUGUUCGAAACCAGCUUCUCUCAUUCUACAUACAAAAUGUUUUUGGAGGCCUCAGUAUUGGAAGUGACAAGCUGUACGUUGCAUUGCUCCAGACCCUCCAAGACAACUUGAACAACUGUCUUCCAUGUGCACCAUCCACCAAAGUGACUCCAGCUGUCCAAAAAAUAAAGAGAAUGUUUAACAAGCUUGGUGAAAAGGGAAUCUACAAAGCCAUCAGUGAAUUUGAUAUUCUUCUUCCCUGGAUUCAGACCUUCAUACAAACCCUUACAUGAAACGGAAAAAAAAAUUAUCACAAAGAAAUAUAUUACCAUAUGGAAGGGGAGUGGAUUCUAAUCCAAAAUCACUUGAAAUGACCAGAAUGAGGAUAAUGUAAUCAACCUGUGAGUAAAAUCACACAGAAAUAAAUGCCUUUUCCAUCAAGGCAGGGAUUUUAAAAAACAUUCAGAGUUUGCCUAACGUGCUGAUUCUAAUAGGGCAGAUUAAUGUUCAGACCAACAUUAAGAACUUUAAAAAAUAUUCCCUAAAGACUAUACAUAGCAGCAUCACCAGCAAAUUUGUACACGCACGUUGGGCACAUCUACAUGAGAUGUUUAUUGUAGUUGCCUAAUUAGCUCCUCAGUAAACAUCUCAGCAUCUACACAUGCAGUGCUAUUAGGAUGGAGUAAACCAAUUCACUCCACCAUUGGUUAGUACUUGUAAACCUAAGUACUAUCCAAUGGCAGAGUUUUUUACUCUGCAUCAACACAUGUGUAGAUGCUGACAGGCAUGGCUGGGACACAAGGGUGCUUCAUGGCAGGGGCUGCCAGCCAGCUAGCCCAACACUGAACAACCCUGGUGCCCCUGCCAGCCCCUCCACAGCACGUUCGGCUGGGUUGGAGUAGCCCUGGGAUGGCAAGCUGACCCCUUGGGCGCCCUACCAUCCAUGGCUGCUCUGCCCUGAUUCAAUGUGCUGCAGUCCCAGGUGCACGUUCAAACUGCACUUGGAAGCAAUAAACUCUGGUGCAAUAUACAGCGGAGUUUAUUGCUGCAUAUUAAUUGCAUGUGUUAAUUACUGGCAUAUAAAAUGGAGCUAGCCUUUACCAGUAUUUCAGUCAUUGCUUUGUGAAAUACUUUGGGAUAAAGUGCUAUAGAAAACCAAAUUGAAUAUGUGUGGUUUUAAUUACCUCACUGGCAUUGGCUUUUAAUGAUUACUUUCAUGUCUUGUUAUAGGUACAUAAUAUUAUAUAUCUGCAAAUUCUGUAUGA